AUGGUGGUAAUUGAAGCGUCAUCAGGAGGUGGUGUUCGUCAUAAAAAUACAGACGGGUCGUUAAUUAUGGAACGGUCUUUAUCUGACAUCACUACACCUUAUACUCCAGCUUCCACCUCUACUUCUGUUGCUGGAAAUGAGUCGGUCUCGUUGGCGGACGAUAUUAAAAAAUAUGACACGGCUAAGCUUAUAGAUUUUUUGCGUGGGGAAAAAGACUUAGGUCUUGACGACGAAGACUUGGAGAUAAUUCGCAAGAGGAAAAUUAAUGGCCGUGCUUUUCUCAAGACGAGCAAGGAAGAAUUUGAGCGUUAUGGUUUGGAAGGAGGACCCGCGACAAAUCUUGCGGACUUCGCUAAGGAGUGUAAGGAUAAAAAAUUAAAAGCGUUCUCCUCGUACCUCAGUUUGAGUGAGGUGUUAGCGGAAUGUGGUCUUGACUCCGAUGGUAUAGAUUCUAUCCCGCUCUUUUCUCCCCCAACAUAUGAAAUUCAAGAUAGCAAUAAAGUUUUCAAGCGUUGCAUGGAAGAGAUUUUUGGCAGCCCUGGAAAAAUAUCCAAGGCAAGUGAUACCGCUUAUUCAAUCGAAUUUACAAAGAAGGCCUUGGACCCGAACUCCGAAGAAUACCUGUCAUUGCGAAAGGGCGUGAAUAAAGUUUUGAGCAUAAUCGUUGAGUUGUUGAAGGAUAGGGCGUGUGUGGAUGAUGAACCAGAAAGGAAGAAAAUUAGGAUAGAGAGUUAUCGUUCGUCCGAAGGAAAAAAUAAUUGUGUAGCAGUUAUUAGCAUAGACAUCAUUAAUCUGCGUUCCAAAUUGGAACGGACGUGGGAAGCAAAGAUAAGCGUUAAAACUGGAUAA